GACUCGGGGUUGGGGCCAGCCGGUUAGGCUCGGAGGUCCAGAGGCCAGUCUGGACCCGAGCGGGGGGCCAUGGAGAAAGCGGCCCGAGGCGCUCUUCACACCAACUAGCACGGGCCCGUUGCGGCUACAGGCGCCAUGGAUCGAACCCCCACAGACCAGAAUGUCAAGCUGUCAGCUGAGGUAGAGCCAUUUAUUCCUCAGAAGAAGAAUCCUGAUACAUUUAUGAUCCCUAUGGCUCUCCCAAAUGAUAAUGGAAGUGUUUCUGGUAUAGAACCAACUGCAAUUCCCAGCUACCUGAUUACUUGUUAUCCAUUUGUGCAAGAAAACCAGUCUAAUAGACAAUUUCCUUUAUAUAACAGUGAUAUACGAUGGCAACAGCCCAAUCCAAACCCUACUGGACCAUACCUUGCCUACCCCAUUAUAUCUGCUCAGCCACCUGUUUCGACAGAGUAUACAUAUUAUCAGCUGAUGCCAGCACCAUGUGCCCAAGUUAUGGGUUUCUAUCAUCCUUUUCCUACACCUUACUCCAAUACGUUCCAGGCUGCAAAUACUGUAAGUGCUAUAACCACAGAAUGCACAGAACGUCCAAAUCAGCUUGGACAGGUCUUCCCAUUGUCCAGUCAUCGAAGCAGAAAUGGUAACAGAGGGUCCGUGGUACCAAAACUUAUACAGCAGCAUAUAAAAAGCAAAAAGCCACUGGUGAAAAAUGUAGCUACUCAGAAAGAAACAAAUGCAGCAGGUCCUGAUAAUCGAUCAAAGAUUGUGCUCCUGGUAGAUGCUUCUCAGCAAACUGAUUUCCCAUCAGAUAUUGCUAACAAGUCUCUCUCGGAGAGUACUGCCACAAUGCUCUGGAAGUCCAAAGGUAGAAGGAGAAGAGCAUCCCACCCCACUGCUGAAUCCUCUAGUGAGCAGGGAGCUAGUGAAGCCGACAUUGACAGUGACAGUGGUUAUUGCAGUCCCAAACACAGCAACAACCAACCCACAGCGGGGGCUUUGAGAAAUCCUGACUCCGGGACCAUGAACCAUGUGGAAUCAUCUGUAUGUGCAGGUGGUGUAAAUUGGUCCAAUGUAACUUGCCAGGCAACUCAGAAAAAACCUUGGAUGGAAAAAACCCAAACAUUUUCUAGAGGUGGAAGGCAAACUGAACAAAGAAAUAAUUCACAGGUUGGAUUCACAUGCCGAGGACACGGUACUUCCUCUGAAAGAAGACAGAAUUUGCAAAAGAGACAAGAUAAUAAGCAUUUAAACCCUAGUCAAUCCCAUAGAAGUGACACAAAUUCUGAGUCUUUAUAUUUUGAGGAUGAAGAUGGGUUUCAAGAACUAAAAGAAAAUGGAAAUGCUAAGGAUGAGAAUAUUCAACAGAAACUUUCUUCAAAAGUAUUGGAUGAUUUACCUGAAAACUCCCCAAUCAAUAUAGUUCAGACUCCAAUUCCCAUUACCACCUCAGUCCCUAAACGUGCAAAAAGUCAGAAGAAGAAAGCUUUAGCAGCAGCCCUUGCCACAGCUCAAGAAUAUUCAGAAAUAAGCAUGGAGCAAAAAAAGUUACAGGAAGCUUUAUCAAAGGCAGCUGGAAAAAAGAACAAAACACCUGUACAGCUAGAUUUGGGGGAUAUGUUAGCUGCUCUGGAAAAACAACAACAAGCAAUGAAAGCACGUCAAAUUACUAAUACCAGACCUCUGUCAUAUACAGUGGUUACUGCAGCAUCUUUUCACACUAAAGACUCUACUAACAGAAAACCUUUAACCAAAAGUCAGCCUUGUUUGACAUCCUUUAAUUCUUUGGACAUUACUUCCUCUAAAGCAAAAAAAGGAAAAGAGAAGGAAAUCGCAAAACUAAAACGACCCACAGCACUUAAAAAGGUUAUCUUGAAAGAAAGAGAGGAAAAGAAGGGGCGUUUAACUGUGGACCACAAUCUUUUGGGAUCUGAGGAACCAACAGAAAUGCACUUAGAUUUUAAUGAUGAUUUGCCGCAGGAGAUUGUUUCCCAGGAAGAUACUGGACUGAGCAUGCCCAGUGAUACUUCGCUCUCUCCAGCAAGUCAGAACUCUCCGUACUGUAUGACACCUGUGUCACAAGGUUCUCCUGCUAGUUCUGGGAUAGGCAGUCCAAUGGCAUCUUCAACAAUAACCAAAAUUCACAGCAAAAGAUUUAGAGAGUAUUGUAAUCAAGUUCUUUGUAAAGAGAUUGAUGAAUGUGUGACUCUUCUUCUCCAAGAGCUUGUAAGUUUCCAGGAACGCAUCUACCAAAAGGAUCCUGUGCGAGCAAAAGCGAGGAGACGACUGGUUAUGGGCUUAAGGGAGGUUACCAAACAUAUGAAGUUAAACAAGAUCAAGUGUGUUAUCAUUUCUCCAAACUGUGAAAAAAUCCAGUCAAAAGGUGGCCUAGAUGAGGCUCUCUAUAAUGUUAUAGCCAUGGCACGGGAACAAGAAAUUCCUUUUGUGUUUGCCCUUGGAAGAAAAGCUUUAGGACGUUGUGUGAACAAGCUGGUUCCCGUUAGUGUAGUGGGAAUCUUCAACUACUUUGGUGCUGAGAGCUUGUUUAAUAAGUUAGUAGAACUCACUGAGGAAGCCAGGAAAGCAUAUAAAGAUAUGGUUGCAGCAAUGGAACAAGAGCAGGCUGAGGAAGCCUUAAAGAAUGUGAAAAAGGUACCACACCACAUGGGGCAUUCUCGGAAUCCCUCUGCAGCAAGCGCCAUUUCUUUCUGCAGUGUUAUUUCUGAACCCAUCUCUGAAGUAAAUGAAAAGGAAUAUGAAACAAAUUGGAGAAACAUGGUGGAAACUUCAGAUGGAUUGGAAACAUCAGAAAAUGAGAGAGAGGUUUCUUGUAAGCACAGCACUUGUGAAAAACCCAGUAAACUUUCAUUGGAUACAACCCCUGUUGGUAAGCAGCCACCGUUAUUGGCUACGGGCAGUACUACCUCAGCUAUAAACCCUGGGAAAUCCACAGCAAGUGAUAAAGAGGAAGCGAAGCCAGACGACCUGGAAUGGGCCUCACAGCAGAGUACAGAGACUGGCUCUUUGGAUGGCAGUUGUCGAGAUCUUUUGAAUUCCUCCAUCACUAGCACCACCAGCACUCUUGUACCUGGCAUGCUUGAAGAAGAGGAUGAUGAAGAGGAGGAAGAGGAGGAAGAUUAUACUCAUGAACCCAUAUCUGUAGAAGUGCAGCUCAAUAGUAGAAUUGAGUCUUGGGUCUCAGAGACCCAGAGAACUAUGGAAACCCUUCAGCUUGGAAAAACCCUUAAUGGUUCUGAGGAAGACAAUGUGGAGCAAAGUGGAGAAGAGGAAGCAGAGGUGCCUGAGGUGCUGGAACCUGGGACGGACAGUGAGGCAUGGACUACUGACCAAAAAGCCAGUCCUGAGCAGCAGAAGUCCAGCAACUGCAACUCAGUGAACAAAGAGCACUCUGAUUCUAAUUAUACACCCCAAAAUAUAUAACUCAGGAAGUGUCAGCUGUCUAUCUCUAACUGUGUAAGGGUUGCACCAUUACCUUUUAUGCUUCAUCUCAAUAUUUUGCACUGUCUUGUAUUUAAUAUAUGUAUUUAAUUCAUGACAAAUGUUUUUGUAGCAUUUACUUGUUUUGUUAUGAUCGAUAGCUUAGCUUUUAAUUAGCAUCUAAAGUGUCUUUCUAAGAACUAUGUGGAAAAUUCAGAUCUGUUUCAACUUACUUUGUAAUGGAAAAUAAUGAUUAAAAAAGACCAGGUUUAAAGAAAACACAUUUAAAUGCUUAUUUAGAGUCAUUUUGAAAGGUAAGAUGAAGCUUCUAAAGAUAGAAGCAGUAACCAAUGUUUUCUUCAAGACUAUAUUUUCUUCACUCUAAUAUUUCUGACCAAAAAGUUGUUUGGGCUUCUUACAAAAAGACUGGAGGUAGAGUCAGAAAACUAAAUAAAAGGCUGAGGAUAACUAAGUCCACAAAGUGUUUUAUGUUAAAAAAUUGGUGCAACUUUUAUUUGGUUCACAAAUGCUUAUUUUAGAAGUCAUUGAUCAUCGUAACCAAUUAAAAUUGAGAUGGACUGAAACAGAGCCUCCAAAACUUAGGCUAGCAUUGGAGCCACCAUCGUAGAUUAGAGCUAGCUAGCCUCAUUUGUGGAGCGUGAUAUUUGUCUGUAAUAGUGAACAGUCACCCACCAUAGGACCUUCCAGGUUCUGUCUCAUAUUUACUUCUUUCUUACCUCAGGAAUGCUCUUGUACAUAGUCUUAUUUACAUAAGGUUAGGCAAAUUUUGACAGGUGAAUAACUAUAACCGAUCAUAUGGACUACAGCACUUACAUGUAAACUAUCCAGAAAAUGUCUUAUUACUGUGUGUUCUCUUGCAUGGUUCUGGUUCAGGGCCCUUUUGAUUUGAGAUAUGAAUUUGAUUAAGUAUCCAAGCUUGUCCUGAGUACAAAACCAUUUCAACUUUUUAAAAAUAUGUAAUUUGAGCCUAGCCUUGAGCACCUUUCACAUAGUAACAACUGUAGUUACUGACAGGAGGUCAGGGGAAGGAACUUCGGACAACUUACUUAUAACAUGUAUCCUGAUAAUCAAGGCUCUUAGAAGAAGAUGUUUUAGAAGAAAAGAGAAAGUUGUUCUAAUUGUGUUGAAACUAUUAGAUUUAGAGUAUACAGAUAUAUACAGGUAUUAAUUCUUUAUUCACUAUGAUUUAUCUCUACCCUUCUUUAGGAAUGUGUAUACCUGCUUGAGAGAAAUUAAACUUACUGAGCUAAAUAUUUUAUUUGUUAGUCACCAUCUGGACUUUACAAGUGACCUCUACAAGUUUAUGUAAUGGUGAGAGAAUUACAAAUGUUUUUCUGCUUUCCCAUCCAAAUUCCCACUUUCCCUCACAACCCAAUCCCAACUGGCCAACACACACACACUUUCCACUUACAAGCUCCCAUUAGCAGGCACAAAACCGAGGAGGGAGAGGUAUUUUCCCUGCCCUGGUUAUGUGGGCAGGGCUUUGCCUCACAGAGGCAGGAAAGAAGAAUUGGGCAAAUUCUUUACUGAACUCAUUGGGACUACUGUGCUAGUUUUGAUGUUUUAUGAUGAUGCUGGCAUUUAAUUACUGGAGAGAUUAGAUUCUUGGUUGAUGAUUUAGUAUUUGUGAAUUGUGAAAGUUUAGAAGCGUUGCUGUAUAGAAAAUGUCAGUCUAUCAACUUUAUUAGUGUGCUAAAAGGGGACAUUAUUAUACUGUCCUGUCUAAACUGUUCUUCAGUAUCGACUUCUUAGGCACUAAUUAUCCAGUACCUAAAGGAACACAGCACGUAAGGAAUGAAGCCUCUGAAAUAGUAAUCAUGGAUUUAUAUGUGGCAGAUCUUACUGUCUCUACACAUUCGGAAGUAUUAGUUGAUUUAAAGAAAUGAUAGAGGUUUUGAUCUACUGACAAUCUUAGAAGUGAAUUAAAAAACUUUUCAUACUUUUUAUGGUGUAAAUUUCUUUGCUCAGUGUCAGUGAUUCAGAUAACUCUUGAUCUUGAGAUAAUAGCUUUUCAAAAGUUUCUUAUAUUUUAUAUCUCUACUGAACGUGAAUCGUCAUUUUAGAUUUUUGACAUUUGUAUCAAAAGAGAAGUUGAGAUCUUCAGAACACCAAUAACUUUUCAUUUUGAUAUACACUUUGGAAGUGUUAUAUGUUCGAUAAAUGCUUUUGCACAUGCAGUACCUCUUCUGCCAGCAAAUCCAAGGGACCAUCGCCUUUUUUGUAUGAGUCAGGUCACCUCUAGAAGAUAACCCAAGAUUUAUUAAAGGAAAUGCUACGAUGUUGAGAGUAUGCUUAAAUAAGUGUUAAUAAUGUCUUUAUAAUUAGUUUCCUUUAGAUAAAUUUUGGAAUUUGUGUAUAUUGAAUUGCAGGCUUGGAAGAAGUGUGAAAAUUAGGAAAGUGUUUUGUUUUUUUGGGAGUUGGAAUGGUUGGCUCUUUGAAGACCUAGAAAGAGAUCUAAUGUUAGAAAGAGAUCUAAUGGUUAGGAAGAGUAGGAGUUCAUUAUUGCAAGAAUUAAAAAUGAUAGUGAUUUUUUUUUCUUAGUGUAUAGACAUUGUUUUACUGGCAAUAAUUAAUAUUAGAUUUCUAUUUCAGUACAUGAGUAUAUGAAUUACAAUACGAAUUACACUCUCAAAAUUAGAUUUUUGCUUCAGUAGGUUUGUUUGCUGUGAAGAUUAUUUCUCAAAAGACAAAUGUUCAUAUGAGCUUAAUUUUUGGUUUAAAUAUGUUUGUAAAUGAUGUAAUAUAUUUCUUUUGACUAAACAAAACAGUGGAAAAAUAUUGUGUUAUACAUUGAAAAGUUUUUACAGGUUUUGACUGGAAGUCAUUUUUGCGGAGAUGGUAUUUUAUAUGCUUCCAGUAUUUGGAAAGAAUUAGUCAAAAGGAAUUCACAUAGUUUAAAUAUUGAGAAAUUAAUAUCCAAAUAAUGUACUUGUCUGAUUUCUUAAUA